CAUGCAUAGUCAUAAGCCGGAAAUAGUCUUCCCCGCACCAAGACCAACCUCAAAAUAGGCCCAACAAGAUAACAGUUUUAGAAUCUUGAUUCAUUUGCUGAUCCUGAUUGAUCAGAGUGAUCUUUCAUCUUGUUGGUGCCUCAUAAGACGAAAGUUAUAUUACUAAAUAUGUAUCCCCAGAAAUCAUGUUCCUCAAAGACAGAGCAGGGCCUUUCCUCAUUAUUGCUGGGUUCCUAACGCAGAAUCUUCUUUUAGAGUCCCAUAUGUAUGCAAAAUGCCCCUAAGAUACACACUUCACGAAGCCACAACUCGCGCCUAAUCAGACGCAAUUUUCGAUUUAGCUUGGAUUGCCUGGCACGAGCCCUACAUAUCUUCUUUCCAACUUUUCCAUCCAGUACAUGGUCCUACAGCUCAAGAUCGCGAGGCGGCUGUCUUGGCCAACAAGGAAAGAGCAUGGAAGACUCAUUUGGCACCCAAGGAGGGUGUUAGCCAUUGGAUUUACGCAGUCGAUCAGGGUAAUAGUACAGUUAUCGGUGCUUGUUAGGUAAUUCUCCCCCUAUCCACUGAUACCUUCAUUGUGCUAAUGGCAAAUAAAUUCACCGGCUCAUAUUUACAGAGAUGCCGUGGCCCAACGAGCUCCGUAAGAUAGUUACAACUUGGUGGCUGGAAGGAGAAGGUAGGAAUCUUGCAACCGAGUUUGUGAGACAGUUUUAUACACCUCGACAACAAUGGAUGAAUAGACCUCAUAUGGCUCUGAAUCAAACAUUAGUGCAUCCAAAGUACAGAGGAAAAGGUGUAGACACACUUCUGAAGGACCGGGGCACCAACAUGGCAGAUGAGUUAAAAUUAGAAGGAUUCAUCGAGAACAUGCUAAGUCCUCUGCAACCUUCAGGCAUCAGACAACGGCCGCAGUCUCUAUCAAAAACACUGAUUCAGAGCUCUCAUGAAAUUGUCAAUCAGCUUGGAAAAGAAAACGCAAGUGGAGAAUGGAACAGGUUGCUGCAUGAAUUGGGACCAUCUAAGUUUUAUAUUAAUUAUAGGCCAGUUGGAGGAGAAUUUGAAGAAGGGAAUCCACUGACACCCUGGCAGGUAGAUCAGAUGUUAGCGAAGAAGAGUAGAAGUGAUUUGAAAUGUCCUGUUAUGAAGCUUGGCCCAUAG